AUGGCGGACGUGACUAGGGAUCCACGAACGAAGGACCUUGGAUCUGUAUCCAUCCAAUGUCUGAUGUUGACAUCGACGAACUACACAGUUUGGUCGAUGAGGAUAAAUGUUCUACUUCGUGUUCAUGAAGUGUUGGACACAAUUGAACCCGAUUCAGAUGAUCAAAAGAAGAACGAUGUGGGAGAAAAGACCGCAUCAAAAGAGAUCUGGAACAUCAUCAAGUCGCGACACCUAGGAGCUGAUCGUGUAAGGGAGGCGAGACUUCAGACGUUGAUGAUGGAGUUUGAUAGGUUGAAGAUGGAUAAUAACGAUACAGUCGAUGACUUUGCGGGGAAGAUAUCGGGCCUAUCAUCCAAAGCAACCUCGUUGGGAGAGAACAUAGAAGAAUCCAAGAUGGUUAAGAAGUUCUUGAAGGGUAUUCCGAGAGACAAGUAUAUCUAG